GAGAGAGUGAGAGAGAGAGGACUGCAGAGAGGAGGAGGGACGGCAGUUGAAUCCCUUUCUGACUCUACAUCAAGGGGGAGAGGCGCAAAGGCGGAAAGCAGAGGACACAGCCAGCGCAGGGGAGAACAUUUCUUGCAAGCAGCAAUGAAGCAACAGAGCGAGUAGCAAUCCAAGCACAAUUUUACCAGAGAGAGAGAGAGAGAGAGAGAGAGAGAGAGAGCCAAAGAGAGGACACGAGCAAGACUGAGCAAGCGAGAGAGAGAGAGGGGGAGGGAGGGAGUGAGGAAGAGAGGGAGGGUAGCACGCUCUCUGAGGUUGACAGAGGGAGAACAAGCUGAGGAGAGAGGGAUGCGCUCGGAGAGCAACAGCAGGAGGGAAAAAGGUAGCCGCAGCGGUGAGAAGAGGCAGAGACAUGGAGCUUAACGCAGAGAGACAGAGAGAGGGGGAGAGGGAAAGGAGGGAGAGCAGAGGAGAUAACCCAGUCUAAUAGGAUAGACACUGAUCUUUGCUUUCCGCCACAUGCAUGACCGUGUGGACAGGGAGACAGCCACGCUGGACUUAGACACAGGGUUCUGCAGGGCAUGCUGGUGCGUUCGUGCGUCUGUGUGCUUACAUCUGUGUGACUGAACAAUCCCUGCUUGUAUAUAUGCGCUAGGUCAGGUGUUGUGUGUCCGUGUGUGUUUGUGUGUGUGUGUGUCUCCCUGCGGUGUGUUUGUGUGUGUGUGUGCAUGCAUGCGUGUGUUUUGGGUGCUUGGUUGUGGCCAGGGCUGGAGCGGGUCGAGGCACCCGUGAGUUUGGCAGAGCUUGCACUCACCAGCGCAACGCAGUGCAUUUCAGCGCCCUUCGGCCGGAGGCGCGGGCGUAGUACACGCUCUGUCAACGACAGCAGCCAUGGUCGCGACAGACUGCGUGUGCGCGCAAUGCUGCGCUAGCAAGAAGAGGAGGGGUCAGAUCAGUGCAGCGUGCUGAGCGGGAGGACACCAGGGCGUGCUCAGGGCGUUAGACACCCAACGCUCAACACAGGAGUGUGUGUUUCACAGUAACAGGAGUUGGUGCAUUGGGCAUAAAGGGUGGGGGGGAGAGUGUCCAGGAUGUAAGGGCUGGGAGGGGGGUGGGGCGCAGAGAGAGACAGGGAGAGCAUAGCGGACGCACACAGCGAAUCACAGCGUCGGCUGCUUGGCGUGAGAGGGAAAGGACCGGCCUGACAGCGGCGGGAAAGUUGAGAAACAGCCCACGCGGCACCCGGCACGGCACAAACCGCAAACCACUGCAGCCAAGGCAGAGACGUCCGGAGGGGAGGGAGAGGUGCGGUCAGGACAUCCCGGACGGACUGGGCCGACCCGGUGGGGGACGCCCACUGGGGACAGAACAGCCAGGUCACCGAAAAAGUACUCUCACUCCCCAGACGGCAGUGGGGACAGGCGAACGGGACCAAGGCAGACGCGCCCGCUCUGCCGGGUCCCAGUAAAUCGUGGUGCAGAGUCUUCGAGGAGGGGGUGAGAAAAUUUGUGCUCAGGACAGCUGCCGCCAUCUUUCAAUGACCAUGGGGGAGUGGACCAUACUGGAGAGGCUGCUGGAGGCUGCUGUCCAGCAGCACUCUACCAUGAUUGGACGGAUCCUGCUCACUGUGGUGGUGAUCUUCCGCAUCCUGAUCGUGGGCAUUGUGGGUGAGAAGGUCUACGAGGACGAGCAGACCAUGUUCAUCUGCAACACCAUGCAGCCUGGCUGCAACCAGGCCUGCUACGACAAGGCCUUCCCUAUCUCUCACAUCCGCUACUGGGUCUUCCAGAUCAUUCUGGUGUGCACGCCCAGCCUGUGCUUCAUCACCUACUCAGUGCACCAGUCGGCCAAGCAGCGCGACCGCAGCUACUCCUUCCUGCACCCCUACAUGGAGCGGGACCACGGGAGGCAUGAGAGCGCGCGCAAGCUCCGCAACAUCAACGGCAUCCUGGUGCACAACCCCGACAGCGGCAAGGAGGAGCACGACUGCCUGGAGGUGAAGGAGAUCCCUAACGCCCCCCGCGGGCUCACACACGCCAAGAGCGCCAAAGUGCGGCGCCAGGAGGGCAUCUCCCGCUUCUACGUCAUCCAGGUGGUGUUCCGCAACGCCCUGGAGAUAGGCUUCCUGGCCGGCCAGUACUUCCUGUAUGGCUUCAACGUGCCGGGCAUGUUCGAGUGCGACCGCUACCCCUGCGUCAAGGAGGUGGAGUGCUACGUGUCACGACCCACCGAGAAGACGGUCUUCCUGGUCUUCAUGUUCGCCGUGAGCGGCAUCUGCGUGCUGCUCAACCUGGCCGAGCUCAACCACCUCGGGUGGCGCAAGAUCAAGACGGCCAUCCGCGGCGUGCAGGCCCGCCGGAAGUCCAUCUGCGAGGUGCGCAAGAAGGACCUGUCUCACCUGUCACAGGCGCCCAACCUGGGCAGGACCCAGUCCAGCGAGUCUGCAUAUGUUUGACCUUCGGCCUCUGAGUUGAGGCAGGCUGCCGGAGAGCUUGAGUUUCUUGUGACAGGUAACG